GAAGCUGACCUGCUCUUGAGGGUUAUUGUUCUUGAUUGAUUAGUGAAUUUUGAUACCUGCGGAGAUCAUGUUUGAGUUUGUUUAAAGCUGGCUUGUAAUGUACAUGCUGAGUUCACAGUAUGAAAGAUGAAAUAAUUUGAUGUUUCUAAACAAGACUAGUUCGUGGUUUACAACUUUGCAUGCACAAUAUUGAUAAGAGCAGAGUGUUUUGAGAACUAAAAGGAUGUUGGGAUUCUACUUCAUAUUUUACAACAUCGAAGCUAUUGAUAAGAUUAGAAGAGGGUUUUUGUGGAAGGGAAGGAAAGAUGUGAGAGGAGGACAUUGUCUGAUUGCUUGGUCUAAAGUCACUAGACCAUGCUACCUGGGUGGUCUUGGCAUCUCUCACUUUCAGUUCUUAGGUUGGGCCCUGAGGCUGAGAUGGCUCUGGUUGCAGAAGACCGAGCCUGAUAAAGCAUGGUCCUCCUUCCAGGUCAAAGCGCCACAUCAAGUCCAAGCUUUCUUUGCUGUAGCUGUUGUGACUUUAGUAGGGAAUGGAAAGAACUCUCUCUUCUGGUCUGACAGUUGGGUUGGCUGAUCAGAGUCUAAAACAACUCCUCCCACAUCUGUUUAGUGCAGUUGCUGCUAGGGGAAGAAAAAGAACAGUUUGUGCUUCUCUUGAAAAUAGAAAAUUGGUCACAGAUAUAAAAGGAGCUCUCACAGUGGAAGUUCUGCGGGAAUAUCUGCAGCUUUGGGAUCUGCUUCAGGGGUUUGAGCUGCAGCCAGAGGUAGAAGACAGUCACAUUUGGCAAUUCCCCACCUCGGGCAACUUCUCCACAAAAUCUGCAUAUGAAGCUUUUUUUCAUUGGGUCCAUUCAGUUCAACUCUUGGGUUGGAGCUGGAGGCUGGAGCUGGAGUGGUGUGAGAGAAAAACACUAUUGCUUGGCUGGUGGCUAGAAGCUGAUGUUGGAGUUGUGUGAGAGGGAAAUAUUGUAGGGCUGGAGGCUGGUACACCAGCCGAACACGGUGAAUGACACUUCAUUGAGAAACUAGCUAAGUUUUCUCAGCUCAGUUCCUGCGUUUUUCCUCCUUUUCUCCUUCAUAGCCCCUUUGGUCAUUCUCAAUAGGAGCUAGUUCCAAAUUUUCCCCUUCCAAAUUAUGGUUUCGUCACGUAAGUUUCGCCUACAGCAGCCCUAAAUUUCUCCUCCAUUCGCAUGGCAGAAAGCACAUUUGCUACACCCCCUCAUCUGACAGUCACAUUCUAAAUUUUGCAACUCUUCGUCCUCGUAUGCAUAGAAUCGCACCUUCGUGUUUCCGGCUCCGCUCCUCGCACCUACGCGUUUUCGACUCCGCUCGCUCCCGUGCCACGCUAGGUGUCCUCGACCUUUUUUGCAAAAAGGUCCUCCAAUUUCUCAAAAAUCAACCCGUAGUCCAAGUCGUCGUUUCCAACUCCCCGCAAACCGAACCCUAGCUUCUCUUUCCUUCCUGCCGCCGGCCGCCGCCCAACCCUUCUCGCUUGCACAUGCCUCCCGGCUCGCCCGCCCAAGCUCUGCAGUCGCUCGAGCAACGGAAGCAUUCUCGGCCUCCGGCGGGGACGGCGGGCUUCUGGCAGAGGGGGCAUGGAGUGGAAAAGCCCGUCCCUCCCGGCGCCGUCGGAGAUCCGGUAGGGCUGUGGGGGAGCCGCUGUCCCCGGAGCCGGCCAACGCCGCGGCCGUGGGGCUGACCGGCGAGCUCGCCUGGGCUGCAGCAGCAGCUCCUGCUCAUCUCCGCCGCUACCUUCGCCGCCGUCGCCAAGCGACCCUAGAUUUUACUUCUCCUGGUGCCUGCGGUGAGGAUCGUGAAUCAGAGCAACAUGAUUAAAGCUUUUCCAGUACCUUGUGCUUCCAUGGACAAUAAUUUCUUGGACCAAAACAUUAUUGUACAUACCAAUAUCCUUCAGUAGGUCUGCUUCCAACUGUAAGGAAAAGGAUGAGGGUCCAUUGGUGCUCUCCGCUGCUGGGCGUGGAAUCUAAUGUUGCCGCAGCACGAUGCAAAGGCCAAGCAAAGAUGACAAGAAGGGGAUGCACACAUUUUGGCUCUACCAGUUGCAGCCAGCCAUUUAACUCCAUAUGAUCGCCUGCUGCUCGACAUUUGAUCUUAAAGAGCAGUUCUGUUAAUUUGCUAAAUGUCCUUUGGACAGUGGUGGAGCUGCCCAUUGUUGUCAGGUUGGUGGACCCCAAUAGAUUUAUGCAAAAUCAAUAGAGAUUACUGUUCUAUAGUAUUUUUUAAAGACAGACCCCUGUGUGCAACACACAAGACCCCGGUGCUAUUUUGAUCUGGCUUCGCCCCUGCUUUGGAUACCUCAUGGCCUGCUGCUCAGUUCUGUUAAUUAGCUAAAUGUCCUUUGACCUCAUGGCCUGCUGCUCGACAUUCGAUGCUAUCAAUUAAAAUGUUUAUUAGCUAUGAAUAUAUAUGAUUACAAGAACUCUACGGGCUAUGGAGGCCACACAGCCAGCGACAUCAACGCUUAUGAGCAAAAUGGCCUUGACCCUAUCUACAAUCAUGUCUAUUCUUAAAUCUUAUUGCUGAGCAAGAUGGAUUUAUAUGUAUAAAAUCUUUGUUGUUUCUAAUCCCCAGACCCCGCACAGUGCGGGAAGCCUACGGCACUGGGUACGCCCUUUUUUUUUCUAAGCCUGUGUUCUAUCCGAACUCAUCAUCAUGGUUUAAAAGUCGUCGCCUAGGCGUCGCCUAGUCGUCCGGUCGCUCUCCAGGUACUGGGCGUCACGCUCGACUUACCAAUCCGAGGUAUGGCGUCUGACUUAGGUAGUUUGGCGUCGCCUAGGCGCUAUAUGGCGACUUUAGACGCCUCACGGGUAGAAGGCGACGCCAUAUCGCAGCGCGGGAGGAGCGCGCGGGAAAGCGCGACCCGCGCGGGGAGGCGCGCACGCGGAAGGAUGACCCGCACGGGGGAAGGGCGAGAGCUGAGAUUCAGAUAGGGAAAGAAGAGAAAAGGGAGAGAGGGCGGCGACGCACCUGAAGGUUGGCGGCGGCGGACAGCCUCCGUCUAGCCUUUCCCUCCCCUUCUUCUCCGACUCCGGCGGAUCUUCUGCCGGUCCUUUCCUUCCUCUUCUCCGCUUCCUCACCAGUAGCUUCCACCAAGGAGCCCAGGAGGCAGGAGCUGAGGACCAGGACCAAGGCGCCAAGCCACAGGUACUCUGCUCCCUUCCUCGCUCUCCGCUCCUUUCCUUCCUCCUCUCCGCUUCCUCACCAGCUGCUUCCACCAAGUAGCCCAGGAGGCAGGACCGCAGGAGCCCAGGAGGCAGGAGCCCAGGACCAGGACCAAGGCGCCAAGCGCCCAAGCCACAGCAACAAAAAAUGGCAACUCCAGCUGCCUCUGUCAACCCUGCAUAUGAUCCCAAGACUGAUCCAGCCAGGAAGCCCAAAAGGUCUAAGGACCCAGGCUGGAAGUAUGGAUAUUGGGCAGACCUUGGUAACCGAGAUGAGGUGACAUGUACCUUAUGUGGCACAAUGGUUCAUGGGGGCAUAAAAAGGCUGAAGCAACAUCUAGCAGGUGGCUUUGGAGAUUCAAAAAUAUGCAGCGAAACUACUACAGAGAUUAGGGUGGAGAUGACAAAUUACUUGGAAAACACAAGAGGCAAAGGCCAAUGUACCUAGAUGAUGAGGAAGAGCAGGUAGAGGAGAAUGGAGAAGCAGAUGUGGUCGUGGUAGAGGCAAGUGCACCUGUGAAUGAAGUUGAAUCCCAGGCCUCUAAGGUGAUGCCAAGUUCAGGGACAGCAGCAAAGAAAAGGCGUGUAGCCUAUUCAUUCAAGGCUGUAGCAGUGAGCAAAGGCAAGGAAAAGCCAAAGGGAAACAAGACAAUUCUUGAGAUGUUAAGAAAAACACCUGAAGAAAUAGUCGAUGAAAGGCGUAAAGGGUCUUACCAGCCCCCAAUUCAGUCCAGCACUAAGACCAAGGAGCAACAUCAUUAUGUGGAUAUGCAAUGGGGCCUGUUUUUCUAUGAGUGUGGCAUACCAUUCAAUGCAGCAGCAUCAAGACAAUUUCAGGUGGCAGUUGAGGCAACAGCACAGGUUGGUUCAGGGUACAAGCCUCCUUCUCCAUAUCAGUUUGGGGAACCGUUGCUUAAAGAUGCAGUGAAGUUGACAAGUACCAUGAGGGAGGACCAUGAGAGAGCAUGGAAGCAUUUUGGCUGCACUCUCAUGUCAGAUGGAUGGACUGAUAGGAGGGGACGACAUUUGAUUAACUUCCUUGUCAAUAGCCCAGAGGGGACUUUCUUCUUAGAGUCUGUCGAUGCAUCAAGCGAGGCCCACGAUGCAUAUAUGCUUGCUGAUUUGUUGGAGAAAAGAAUUGAGGAGAUUGGAAAGGAAAAGGUCGUUCAAGUUAUCACUGAUAAUGGAGCUAACUACAAGGCAGCGGGUAAGCAUCUAAUGGAGAGAAUUCCUUCACUGUUUUGGAGCCCAUGUGCUGCACAUUGUCUGGAUCUUAUGCAAGAAGAUAUAGGAGGGUUGAAGGAAUUUAAGAAGCCCAUAGCAUGUGCAAGGCGUGUAACAACUUUCAUCUAUAGACAUGGGAGAAUCCUUAGUGCAAUGAGAGAAAAGACAGGUGGGUCUGAUCUUGUGAGACCUGCAGCCACAAGGUUUGCCACAGCUUUCCUCACUUUAAAAAGUUUGCACAAGCAUAGAGAUUCUUUGAAAUCUCUUUUUGUCAGUGAAGCAUGGACUAGGAAUAAAUUGGCAAAAACUAAAGCUGGUGAGGAUGUGCAUGACAUUGUGCUCUCUACUGAGUUUUGGAACAAGGUUGAGGACUGCCUUAGAGCUUCAGCCCCUCUUCUCAUUGUUCUUAGGGUGGUUGAUGGUGAUGAGAAGCCUGCCAUGCCAGAGGUUGCAGCAUUAAUGAAUCAAGCAAAAGAUAGGAUCAAGCAAAGCUUUGCUAUCCCAACUAAGAAAACAUUGCUAAAGAAAAUCAUAGAUAUUAUUGAGAAGCGUUGGGUGAAGCAAAUGGACCAUCCUUUGUAUGGGGCUGCAUUGUAUUUGAACCCAGGAAAAUUACAUCCCCUCAUAAGAGAUGAUGAUGAUGCCACUGUUGGGCAGCUAAGAGGUUGCUUCCUUGAAGUUCUUGGAAGAAUGGUGGAAGAUAGAGAUACCCAAGACAAGAUUGAUGCUCAGUCUUUGGACUAUGAAGCCCUUAGAGGAGAAGCAUUCUCAAAUAUAAGAGCUAAGCAAAACCUUGAGAAAAUGAGUCCUCUUGAUUGGUGGGCCUCAUAUGGUGGUCGUGCUAUUGACCUUCAAAGGUUUGCUAGGCGCAUUGUUAGCCUAUGUGCUUCAUCAUCCGGCUGUGAGAGAAACUGGAGCACGUUCGAGUUUAUCCACACCAAAAAAAGAAAUAGGUUACUGCAUAAGAGGUUGAAUGAUAUUGUCUACAUUUCCUACAAUCGAAAGAUGAAGACUAGGUUUCAAAUAAGGCGGGAGAAGAAAGGGAAAAGCUUUGACCCUUUAGUCAUUGAAGAGUUCGAUUGGGAUAAUGAGUGGGCUGACUCGUCGUAUGUACACCCUCAAGGUGCACGUGGGUGUGAUGAAAAUGACCUCACAUGGGCUGCUGUUGAUGAAGCUCUUGGUGCAUCAAACUCACUUCGAGGACGCAAUCUCCCAAGGAAUGCAAGCAGUAGUUGUGCAACAAAUUCAAACCCAAGGUUGGAUGAAGAUGAAUCAGGUUUAGGCAAUGAAGAGGAAGAAGAUGAAGACCCACAUGAUGAUGCUUAUGUGACAGAUUCUGAGGAUGCUCCUCCCGAUGGUGGAGAAAGCAUGGAAGGAUUGCAAGCUGCAAAUAACCAUGAUGAGUUUGAUGAUGGAUAUUGAGUUGGGGUUGUCUUUUGAGAGAUGUUACUUAUGCUGUAUUUUUUAUGGACUGAUGUAUCUAAGUUAUGCUACUUAUGCUGCAAAUUAUCCCACUAGUAUCUAGGUUUAUGGACUGAUGUAUUAAUGUUACUUAUGCUGUAUUUUUACCCAUUAUGCUACUUGUGAACUUGCCCA